UGCAGGCAGCUGGGUUGUGGAGCAGCACUGAGGGCUGAUGGGAAUUCAGUCUUUGGUGCUGGUGAAGGUGUUGUGUGGAUGAACAGAGUCGAGUGCAGAGGGAAUGAGAUUCACCUGUGGGACUGUUCUCUCUCCCUGAAAAACCACACUGACUGCUCCAAGAAAGAGCACGCUGGACUCACCUGUGAAGAUUUUAAAGGUUUAUCAAUGUCCUCUACUCCUGCCACAACAUCAGCUUCUCGUCCAGUUUCUCCUCCAGUGCGCUCAACAUCAGUCUCUCCUCCACAAACUCUCUCCGUCCCCCCAGUGCUUGUGAUUGUUCUGGGAGUUGUGCUCUUACUGCUCUUAGUGCCACUGCUUAUACUGAUUCAGCAGAACAGAGUGAUGAGGAGAGCUCUCUCUAAGAGGAGAAACAGGACGACGACUGAGGCCGUUUAUGAGGAGAUUCAGCACAGAUCCACUAACAGACACAGUCUCUUCACUCAGAGGGGAAGUGUCUUUUCUGGAGAACAGCAUUCUGGGUAUGAAGAUGCUUAUGAGCGUCUUUCAGAAAAGCAACAAAUCACAUCAGAGAACUAUGAUGAUGUAAUCACUGUUGGACUGAGACAUGCUACAGGUUUAUAUGACUUACCAGAAAACUAUGAUGAUGUCGUCAUCAUACGACAGUUCUCCAAUAAUAAAGCAGAAGGGGUUCAGGAGGAGUAUGAUGAUGUGAAGAAUGUCAAAGAAUAUAAGAGUGACAUGUUUGGUAAAUUUUGAACACCUUCAGUUAGUCUUUGUAAUCACUUUGUAUGAUCAAUUCCUGUGGUUAUAAAAGCUCAUUUAAAUUUACUGCUUG